AUGAAUUCGUUUUCAAAUCCGCACCGGCGAGCGCUCUUGAAGCGAUCCAAAUUCGCUUUGACGAGGACGGAAGACGAGGACGCAGAUUCGAACGAGAGAAGCAAUACUAAUAAUAAUAACAAUAAUAACAACAAUUACUUCGAUUCGAACAAGUACGCGGCGGACGACGCGUUAGCGCGGAUGUACGGAAACGUGAACAAAAACGCCCGGCCUAAAUUCACGAGCACGAACCCGACGCAAGAUAAAGCGAAAGUGGAACGAGCUUCGAAAAUGCAAGCGGAAGAGGUGGCGAAAGGAGACAAAACCGCGAUUGCGUUUAAAAACAUGGAGAAUGAAAUCGAAGAAGAAGCGAAGGAGGCGGUAGAGGAAGCGACGAAUGGGGAUUUAGAGUUGCUCGGAACGACGUUGCGUUCGAGCGAGAACGAAGUCACCGCGGAGGAGAAACGGAGAUGGUCGUUUAUGGAUUCAAGUCAACUGAGAGCGGAAUUGGUGACGAUGACGAAAGAGAGGAAUAAAUUAGCCGCGGCGUUGGGGAAAUUAGCCACCAACUGUUCGCAAGAGAUGAAAAUGCUCUUCUACAAGGUUGAAAAUUUAGAAGACACGCAAAAGUUUUACGAGAAGGAAAACGAACAGUUGACCGGGAAACACGAAAAGUGCAAAAACGACCACGAUUUGUUGAAAGAACACGCGGCAAAGAAAGUCGUCAAACACAUGGACUAUUUGGGCGUGGACACAACCUUCGUCAAACCGCACCGAAUGGACGUCAAAGAAUUGCUCGAAGCCGCCGAGUUGGCCGAUAAGCACCACGAAGACGAGCUCUUCAAAAAACGCAUGGCGUUGGAAGAGAGAGAAGGGAAGCAGCACUCGUUAGAAGAUUUAGCCAGAAGUGGGAAGAAACACGAUAAAGAGUACAAGAAGAGGAUGAAGGAACGCGUGGAAGGGUACCGGUUUAAGACCAUUCACAGAGACGAAGAGGAUUGA